AUGGGGGCGGGUUUUGAUAUCGAAGAUGUAGGGUUUUUGAACCCAUGGGAUGAGGAAAUGGGUUCCCUCGCCGAUUGGCUUGUAAGGUGGGAUCCUCGUCUACAGAUUACAAUAAAGAAGUUUAGAGGGGUUCAAACCUUUGCGGAGGUGGUUGUUAACAGAAGGAAGACGAAUGUUGCAAACAAAGCAGGAUGGGAGGGAGAAAGGGUGGAGCUGACGUAUCAGUCUUCAGGUGAAGAUAUCGUGAGGGUGGGGAAGUACAUUUGUGCAGACAGAAGUACGUUGAAGGAAGAUUACUUGGAUGUUGCUAGAGUUAUGGUGAGAACUUUAUCGACAGAGGUGUUGAAUGAACGCUUCAAUGUUUAUGUUGACAGAUCUAUGUUCAGAUUGAAGAUGGUCGAAGGCACUCGUGGACCACUUCGAUUGGCGUUGGAUCUGAAGAGUGACAAGGAAGAAAGGAUUGUGUCAGAUGGAGUAGUAAAAGGCAUUUUUGAUGACAAAUGUGAGGUUCCUAGGAUGGCAGAAGAUAAAGCGGCUUGUCGUGUUCUUUUGAUGAAGCAUUGGGAGUAG